AUGGUUUCCCAAGCUCAAAUCGUCGAUCGCGCGACGCCAAACCAAAGCGCUCCCUCCGUUGUAUCGCGUCCCUCGCAUUCCGGUCGCCGCCAUCGAUCCGGUCGUUCCCAUCAUGGGGGUGGCUCAUUGUCUAUGUCCUCCUCCAACGACUUCCCGAUCUUCACAUAUACCGGCGACACGGAGAUCGCGAUCCGUACGGGUUCGCAAGAAAGACGAUAUCUAGUGCACCGCUUGAUCUUAGCGCAAUGUUCGGGUUUCUUCGAGGCAAGCACAAAUGAGGAAUGGACGGGUCAGAAUACACCGGGUCCCGCGAAACCAGAUGGGACAUUGUCUCGGGUGAGUGAGGAGGACUCAUUCUCGAACGGGUCAACACUGGCGCAGUCCGAUCAUAGUGGAAUUCCUACACGCUCUGGCGAAAAGCAACAACGCUGGAGAUAUGAAUUGGAUUGGGAGAAUCGGUUAGAGGAAGAGGAGCCUAUUCUCGUUCAAAAGCAACCUACCUAUGCCCCCAUGUUGAGCAGCGGUGACCAAACCGCGUUUCCUCCUACGAGAUCCAAGCCAUCUAACGCUCAGGCGGGCUACUUCCGCUCCAUGGCGAACUUGGUCGGAAUGCAGUCGGUGGCUCACCUUCCUCUUCCUGAAAAUGGAGAUCGCAGUAAAGUCGAUCCCCUGAUUCGCGACUACGACAACCUCUUCCGCUUGUUCUACAACCAUGCGCCAGUACUGAAUAGCGUCAAUAUCGCUACCGCCUAUACAGAAUGCAAGUCUCUCCUCGCCUUAGCGGAUAUGUACGAUGCACUGCCAGUGACUGGACCCCGCGUGGACCAUCAUCUUCUCGGAUUUGGCUCGCGGCUCUUCAAGCAGAUUGCCAAGUAUCCUCCAAGUUAUCUCAAACUGGGUUACCUUGCCCGCAGCCGGGUGAUAUUCUCCGAAGCCCUGAUCCAUGUCGUCGGCCAAUGGCCCGCCGCCCUGCCGAAUCUACGAAAUGGUACAUACGCCGCUCUACCAGAUUCUGUGUUCGAUCUGAUUGAAGAUAAAUACGAAGAUCUAGAAGACCUGAAAGCCCGUGUGGAAUCUAAACUCUUCCGUCUUUCUCUGACCACCUCUCGUGGUGAGCGUGUCGGCCCCAACAACGCAUAUCUAGACUGGUUAGCCGUCUCUUUAUUCCGUCAAUGGCUCAUUGAAAGCACUACACCUCCACCUGCACCCAUUCUAAAGAACUCUUCUACCCCCGCACCACAGACAGGCGGGCCAGGAUCCCAGACUAGCUCCUCAAGGCCCGCUGUCCAGCCUGAUCCUGCUGCCCGUGUAUACAAAUUGAUUGGAUCCUCCUCUUCCCAGUCAUAUCUGCCUCAUGAUGAAUUGAAACGGUUUCUCAAGAUCCACCCGACGCAAUCUGCAGAUGUCUUAUAUACCCGGGAGACGUUCAAACGAUUUGAGCGCAAAAUGGACGAGAUUAAGCGGCUGGCCCGUGAAAUCGUCAAGCCACUCAUGCGAAACUUCCUUGAGCUGGAACUUAAAAGUGGCGCUGAGCAGACAAGCAUCACACUGCCCUCACCUGAAAGUGCUUCUAGCGCGGGUCUUCCCUAUCUAACCUGCACUCGAGUUGAAGAGGCCGAUUUGCCAUGGAGUUAG